AAACUACUCGCCAACCGGAGAACACCGAAACAUUGUGAACUCCUGUUCCCACCAUGGCUGAAGGUGCAGACAGCAGAGGGAACCCAAUGACCUCAACAUCGAGCAAGGUUCCAGAGUCUACAAUCUCUGAGCUUCUAACACAGUGGGACGACUACCACCUGUUCCAACUGGCAAAAUUCUACCGGGAAAGACUGAAACAGGCAAUUGAAGAAGGGGUGGAAGGACUCAGCUGGAUGUUAAGACAGGAGGAACAUUUCAGUGGACAAGAAUGUGAGAAAGUCACCAAGCUCGCACAGAAUGGAAAACGGAGAGACAGUUCUACACUCUUCCUCAGCCUGGUGGCAGAGAAAGGCUCCCGGGCCCGAAGGGUGAUGUGGGAAUCCUUUGUGAGAAUGCGUGAAGAGUUACCAAAGUUGGACAAAAUAUUGAAAGAAAUCCAAGAGUUCGGCCCCAUUCCAGACGUAUUCCUGGAAAUCGCCCGUGGUUUAACUGAAUUACCCACUCAGCUGAAAGAUGUUCAACAGAAACACAAGGAGACACUGCGGGCACAAACUGAAACACUGAGAGUGAACACGAUCCUGAUGAGGGAGAAGGUGAAGGUUUUCCAGCUGGUUGAUCGAUACGCUGAGCUCACGGUCAUUUCUACUGUUCGAGAUCGGAGACUUGUGGAACAUGAGCUGCUGGCAAGGGGCCGAGAACAUGAAGAGUUGAGAGACAAACAUCUCCGGGAAGAGCUGGAAAUAAUCCGGAAUGAUGAACUGUUCCAUAGCAGCUUUUCCCGGAGUAAAUCCAAAUCUGGGAGUUCAGCAGCAGUGGCCGGAGUCCCGGGGAUCGGAAAAACAACCAUGGUGCAAAAGAUUAUUUAUGACUGGGCCACGGGGAAAAUAUACCCACACUUCCAGUUUGUCUUCAGUUUCAAAUUCCGGGAUUUAAACCCCAUAAACUGCAGAAUAAAUCUGAGGGAACUGGUUCUAGAUCAGUAUCCUUACUUCGGGAAUAUACUGGGAGAGGUAUGGAAGAACCCAGAAGGAUUGCUGUUUAUAUUCGAUGGUUUGGAUGAAUUCAAGCACAGAAUCGAUUUUGCUGACAAUCGAAGAGACACAGAACUUCAGUACAUGUGCCCAGAUCCUGAGUGCCGGUGUGAAGUGUCUGACAUUGUGUACAGUUUAAUCCAGCACAAGUUGCUCCCAGGGUGUUCAGUGCUGGUGACAACCCGUUCCACUGAGUUACAUUUAUUGGAAAAGGCGGAGAUCAGUGUCUGGGCCGAAAUCCUGGGAUUUAUCAGUGGGGAACGGAAGGAAUAUUUCCACAGGUUUUUUGAAGAUCAGACGGUGGCAACAGCUGUUUUCAAAUAUGUGCAGGAGAACGAGAUCCUGUACACCAUGACCUACAACCCCUCCUACUGCUGGAUCCUCGGUCUGGCACUGGGACCCUUCUUCACACAAGGAGGCAGGGACCUGCAGCGAGUUCCCAAGACCAUCACCCAACUGUAUCCCUGCUAUAUUUACAAUAUCCUGAAAAUCGACGGCCGUGACAUUGAAAGCCCCCGUGACGUGUUACUGAGUGUUGGUCAGAUGGCCUUCACAGGAGUUUCCGAGAAGAAGAUUGUGUUUACAGAUAGAGAUUUGAUCAAGUACAACCUGCAGCCUUCCCAGUUGCUUUCCGGGUUCCUGACUGAACUUUUGGAGAGAGAGGAUUCUGCCCAGAACGUGGUGUACACAUUCCCACACCUCACCAUCCAAGAGUUUGUAGCCGCACUCGCACAAUACCUGACAACAGAUUGCAGGGAUAUCCUGAGACUCCUCACUGAAGCCCACAGCACCAGUGAUGGGCGAUUUGAGCUUUUUCUCCGUUUUGUUGCUGGUCUCUCCUACCCAGGGUCAGCUCGGGGUCUGGAGGAGUUUCUGGGUCCAUUUCCUCAUCGAACAACCUGCCGAGUGAUUGACUGGGUGAAGAAGGAGGUGAAAUGUAGGAUUGAAAACGCAGAUAGAAGGAGUCUCCUGAACUCAUUGCACUACCUGUAUGAAUCUCAGAAUUGUGCUCUGGCUCAAGCCGCACUGGGAUCUCUGGAUACACUUUUAUUCUCCAGAUUCCAACUGACCCCGAUAGACUGUGCCGUCCUGUCGCAUGCUAUUGGAUUCUGUGAUAAAAUAAAACACUUCGAUCUCUGUGGUUGCCGCAUUCAAUGUGAAGGACUCCAACGGCUCGGACCCGGGCUGUACAAGUGCCAGGAGCUGAGACUGGGGGUCAAUGCCCUGGGAGAUUCUGGAGUUAAACUGGUGACUGCUAUUCUGAGGAACCCAGACUGCAAAAUAGAGAGACUGGGACUGAACAAUAACGGCCUCACAGAGUCUUGCAUCGAGGAUCUCGUCUCCGCUCUCAGCACAAACCGCUCAGUGACCUGGCUGGAGCUGGAGCACAAUAAACUUGGAGAUUCAGGAGUGAAACUAUUGUCUGCGGCUCUGAGGGACCCGGAGUGCAAAAUACAGAAACUGUGGCUGAACAAUAUUGGUCUCACUGAUGAUGCCGCUGCGGAUCUCGCCUCCAGUCUCCCUGAAAACCUGACGGAGCUGAACCUCAGUGACAAUAAUCUAGGAGAUUCAGGGGUGACGUUGGUGUCUGCAGUUCUGAGGAACCCGGACUGCAAAAUGCAGACACUGCGGCUGAACAAUGUCCGCCUCACAGAUGCUUGCACUGCGGAUCUCGUCUCCCAUCUCAGCAAAACUCCUUCACUGAAGGAUCUGUACCUGGGAUCAAACUCCUUCUCAGACCGAUCUGUCCCCGCUCUCCGCCAUCUCAUACUGACCCUCCCGAGUCUGGAGUGGAUCAGGCUGCGGGGGAAUCAGUUCAGUCGGACCGGGAAGAAGAAAUUGAGAUCUCUGCAGGAACCCAGACCCGGACUGACCAUGGAACUCUGAACAUCACAAUUUAUAACCAUCACGGGCCUCAUGAUGGGAAUAUCGUUGGCUGAUUUCCCGCCUUCCCGUUUCAACGACUUCUCACUGGGAUUAAACCCGAACGCCUCCAACUGUUCCCAGCCUGCCCUGCUGUCACGUGACUCAGCCGCCAGUCCACACAUCGCUGCUUCUUCCCGAUGUUCGGUCUGGAUACCCUCUGGUGGGGCCCUGAGGAAUCAGACAGACAGGUCGAGCCAAAGGUUGCUCUCAUUCUGGGAGAUUGACAAUCUCAUUCAGUGCCCCAGGUUAGGUAAUCUGGGAAGAUAAUCCUUUUAGCCAUGUUGCUAAGGAUGGUGCGGCUGUAAGUUUUACUCCAGUCCAUUCAGCAACCUGUCUAUAUACAGUAAUGAUCAUUUUUAAAACACCUUAACAGUUGACCCUGAAACUUCAGCGAUCUCGCACACUGCCCUUAAGUGUGAUUUUAUAAUUAGUGCCUCUCCCCGGAUGCAGAAUGACGGUGGUAAACGUGACUAUUGAUUCAAUCUACCAAUCGUCGUGGUAUGUCAGUUAAUUGCGUAUGUUUGAUAUUGAACUGUCAACCUUUGCGCAGA